AUGGAUGCCAAGGGCAAUACAACAACCAUUUCUUCUCCAACCCCAGGCCAAAACUGCUCUAGGAUUACAAAUGUUAAAAUCGCCUCAUCUAGAAACAGCUGCCACUCCAAGAGUGGUCUCGGAGCCAAGAGCUGCCAACCACCUGGCCGCCUUCUGAGAAUACCCCAGGAACAGGGCCGUCACCCCACUCCUUGCUUCUGUCGCAUGCCCACCUACCUAAUAAGCAACCUCAAUGCCUAUGCCUCUCCAGAUGACUCUGACUGGUGUGGUAAAGGCAUCAACAGUCAUGAGAAGGAGACCAUGCGAAUGUUGAAUGACCGCCUUGCGAAAUACCUGGAAAAGGUGCAGAUGCUGGAAAGAGAGAACGCAGAACUAGAGCGUAAAAUCCAGGAAGAAGGUAACAAAGAGGUCCCAGUCCUAUGUCCCAAUUACCAAUCCUACUAUGCUACCAUCGAGGAGCUGCAGCAGAAGAUCUUGUGUACCAAGGCUGAGAAUUCCAGACUGGUCUCACAAAUCGACAACACCAAACUGGCUGCAGAUGACUUGAGAGCCAAUUAUGAAGCAGAGGUGUCCCUACGGCAGCUGGUUGAGGCAGAUGCCAACAGCCUGAAGCAGAUCCUGAAUGCACUAACCCUGGGCAAGGCUGACCUAGAGGCGCAAGUCCAGUCUCUGAAGGAGGAGCUCCUUUGCCUCAAGAACAACCACAAAGAGGAAAUCAAUUCCUUACAGUGCCAGCUUGGGGACCGACUUCACAUCGAAGUGACUGCUGCCUCUUCUGUUGACCUAAACCAGGUUCUACAAGAAAUGAGAUGUCGAUACGAGUCCAUCAUGGAGACAAACCGUAAAGAUGUGGAACAGUGGUUCAACAUGCAGAUGGAAGAGCUAAAUCAGCAGGUGGUGACCAGCGCUCAGCAGCAGCAAGGCUGCCAGACAGAGCUGGUAGAACUGAGGCGCAGUGUGAAUGCUCUGGAGGUUGAACUGCAGGCCCAGCACCGAAUGAGGGAUUCCCAGGAAUGUAUCCUGGUGGAGAUUCAGGCCCACUACACCGCCCUCCUGACCCAGAUCCAAGGUCUGAUUGACAACCUGGAGGAUCAGCUGGCCGGGGUCCGGACUGCCCUGGAGCGGCAAAACCACGAAUAUGAGAGUCUCCUGGAUGUCAAGUCCCGGCUGGAGUGUGAGAUCGCCACAUACCGCAGCCUCCUGGAGAGCUGGGAUGGCAAGCUUCUCUGUAACUCGUGUGCCACCAAAUAUGAGCUUUGCACUUGCAUACCCUAUAAGGCCAGAGCCAUGGAAUACGUAGCUCCUGUUUGCACGGCCUCGGCCCCCCCUGCUGUACGUGAGCCCUGCAGCAUCUGCGGAGCCCUGUCCCGGAUACUGGUUAAAAUAUGCACCAUCACCAAGGAGAUCCAGGAUGGAAAGGUCAUUUCUUCUCACGAGCACGUGCAGCCUUACUUCAUCACCAGACCUGCCAAAGUCUAA